GUCUAGGAUUUGGUUUAGGGUAUAAGGUUUGGAUUUAAGGUUUACUGUUUGGGUUUAGGGUCUAGGAUUUGGGUUUAGAAUAUACAGUUUGGUUUUAGGGUUUAGGAUUUGGGUUUAGGGUAUAGAGUUUGGGUUUUAGAAUUACGGUUUAGGGUUAAAAAAUUAAGAUUUCGGGUUUACGGUUUAGAUGGCGGUGUCAGCGUUGUUAAAAUUAGCAUUAUUUUUUUUAGUUAUUUUAAAAUAAAUUUAAUAUUUUUUAAUUAAUUAUCUACGUGGCAAUUUGAUUGGUUCUAGAAUGAGAGGUGAAUUUAAAAGUUCACCCUAUGGGGUGAACCUAAGUUUUGUUCUAUUUAAAUAUAGGCGGAAUGUACAUUAUGUACAACAGGACAACCAAUCUUUUUUGAUCAACCAGUACAACCAAUCAACAUACAUAGAGAAGUGUAUAUUCAAGACAGAGUAUCUCUUUUAUUUAUGAGAAGUGCCAAAAUAGUAAAUAGUUUAAAUAGUAUAUAUCUUCUUUUUCCUCCUCUUCCAGAGUUCAAUUGUUUUCAUCUUCCAAAACAUUUGAUUAUAAGUAAAGCAUCGCAUAUUGUAUUGGAUAAUCGAUGAUUAUGGCUGUAUUUUGGUUCUUGGUCAUAUCAAGUUUCAUCUUCUGCUUGCUGUUGGUACGAAUGGCGGUUUCAAAGAAUAAUAAGAGAAAGAAGAAGAAGAACAGUACAUGCAAGCUUCCUCCUGGUUCCAUGGGAUGGCCUUACUUAGGAGAGACUCUACAACUUUACUCACAAGACCCCAAUGUUUUCUUCACUUCCAAGCAAAAGAGAUAUGGAGAUAUAUUCAAAACACGAAUCCUUGGCUAUCCUUGCGUGAUGCUGGCUAUCCCCGAGGCUGCAAGGUUUGUCUUGGUGACUCAUGCACAUAUGUUCAAGCCAACGUAUCCGAGAAGCAAGGAGAGGCUAAUUGGACCAUCUGCUCUAUUUUUCCACCAAGGAGAUUAUCAUGCCUAUUUAAGGAAACUUGUCCAAUCCUCUUUAUACCCUGAAACCAUCCGGAAACUUAUCCCUGAUAUCGAACACAUUGCCCUCUCUUCUUUACAAUCUUUGGCCAAUAUGCAUAUUGUCUCUACGUACCAAGAAAUGAAGAAGUUCGCUUUUGAUGUUGGUAUUCUAGCCAUAUUUGGCCAUUUGGAGUGUUCUUACAGGGAGAUGUUGAAACAUAAUUACAAUAUUGUGGAAAAAGGCUACAACUCUUUCCCCAUGAAUCUUCCCGGAACAUCUUACCACAAAGCUCUCAAGGCGAGGAAGCGGCUAAAGACAAUAGUAAGCGAGAUUAUACGUGAAAGAAGAGAGAAAAGCAUUUUGAAAACGGACUUUCUUGGUCAUCUACUCAACUAUAAGGACGAUAAGGGUCGUGUGCUAACCCAAGAACAGAGUGCGGACAACAUUAUCGGAGUCCUUUUCGCCGCUCAAGACACGACAGCUAGUUGCCUAACUUGGAUUCUUAAGUACUUACAUGAUGAUCAGAAGCUUCAAGAAGAUGUUAAGGAUGAGCAAAGAGCAACAUAUAAAGAAAACAGUAGAGAGAAAAAGUCUUUAACAUGGGGACAAACGAGAAACAUGCCACAAACACACAAGGUUAUACUUGAGAGUUUGAGGAUGGCAAGCAUCAUACCCUUCACAUUCAGAGAAGCAGUGGAUGAUGUUGAAUAUAAGGGAUAUUUGAUACCGAAGGGAUGGAAAGUGAUGCCACUCUUCAGGAAUAUUCAUCACAAUCCCAAAUAUUUCUCAAAUCCUGAGGUUUUCGAUCCAUCUAGAUUUGAGGUAAAUCCAAAGCCAAAUACAUUCAUGCCCUUUGGAAGUGGUGUUCAUGCUUGUCCCGGGAACGAACUCGCCAAGUUACAGAUUCUUAUCUUUCUCCACGACUUAGUUUCCAAAUUUCGAUGGGAAGUGGUGGGAGGAGAAGGGGGAGUAGAGUACGGUCCAUUUCCAAUCCCUCGAAAUGGUCUUCUCACUACAUUUCGGCAACAUUCUCUUUAGUUCUUCAAACCUUUAAAGUAUAUAUUAUUAUUAUUAUUUUCUUAAUUAAUUAGCCAUAGUUUUUAUUUAUCUAAAUUCCAUAAAAAAACAUGUAAAACCCCUUCGAGAUUAUUUUAAAGAAAAUCAUUAUUGUAGUCAUUGAGAGUUUUAACAUGUUGCAUCCUACACCUACGAUGGAGAAAAUGUUUAUUCCGGUAUUCUCAGUAACAGUCGAAGUUGGUUAAUCUUUUCUUUGGGGUGAAUAAACCAACCAAAUCAAAAGCGUGGGACGGUGUGAGCCACGUGAAAGGAGCAGAAAGACCGCAAAGCGUUAAUGUGAAACAGUAAAAGAGGUGUGUUUACAAUUGUGAGGGCUCCCGUGUUUCGGGCUUUGACUCUGGCUUAUGGUGGCUACUUUAGCACUGUAAGGCUGGCUUUUGGCUCUGACGGUGUCCCUUCCUGUCCGGGAAUCGUUGGCUUCUGUCUCAGAUAAAUAGUCUGAAUAUGGUACUCUUAUCAAGCAAUGAAUCACAGUUCUACAAAUUUGCUUUGGUUCUCCUCUAUCAGUGAAGGAAUAGAAUCUGAUAUCCUGGCUAGCGGCAUUUCUUACUGCGGGAUCCUGUUUCAGGUACGUUUCCAGUGGAUCACCCGAUUCGAAUCUCCGUCGAUCACUUUUCAGUCAUGAAAUUCGGCGGCGCUCUUGCUUCAGGGGAAGAAGAAGGUAGAGUGGGUUGCUUAGGGUUUUUUUUGUCUGGGCUUUAUGGGCUUUUUGUUUAAUUUCUGUUCUGUGUUAAACUGAGUCGUAGUUUUAUGGGCUCCUUCUUUAUGUAAUUCCCUAUGGUUAGUGGGCUUUUAGCCUCAUAAUAAUAAAGAUGACAAAAAAAAAACAA